GAAGGUGACUGUUCCUUGGAGGCUUCCCUGAUCUCUUUGGGGUCCCUGGCUCCAGAGACCACUCUUCCCAGCUCAGCUCAGCACCUCCUCACAGCCACAGCAGCCACCUUGAGAUCUCUACGCUGACCAUGUUUUCUGUGUUUGGACUCUCUGUCCCCAUCUCGGCCACAGAGCUUCUCCUGGCCUCCGCCAUCUUCUGCCUGGUAUUCUGGGUGGUCAGGGCCUGGCAGCCUCGGAUGCCCAAAGGCCUGAGGAGUCCACCAGGGCCCUGGGGCUGGCCCCUGCUCGGGCACGUGCUGACCCUGGGGAAGAACCCACACCUGGUGCUUUCGCGGCUGAGCCAGCGUUAUGGGGACGUGAUGCAGAUCCGCAUUGGCAGCACACCUGUGCUGGUGCUCAGCGGCCUGGACACCAUCAGGCAGGCCCUGGUGCGGCAGGGCGAUGAUUUCAAGGGCCGGCCUGACCUCUAUAGCUUCACUCUGAUCUCUGAUGGCCAGAGCAUGACCUUCAACCCAGACUCUGGACCAGUGUGGGCUGCCCGCCGGCGCCUGGCCCAGAACGCCCUGAAGAGUUUCUCCACCGCCUCAGACCCGACUUCCUCAUCCUCCUGCUACCUGGAGGAGCACGUGAGCAAGGAGGCUGAGUACCUCAUCGGCAAGUUCCAGGAGCUGAUGGCAGGGGUUGGACACUUCGACCCCUACAGGUAUGUAGUGGUGUCAGUGGCCAAUGUCAUCUGUGCCAUGUGCUUUGGCCGACGCUAUGACCACGAUGACCAAGAGCUGCUUAGCCUCGUCAACCUGAAUAAUGAGUUUGGGGAGGUGGCUGCCUCUGGGUUUCCGGCAGACUUUAUCCCUAUCCUCCGUUACCUGCCCAACUCUGCCCUGGAUAUCUUCAAGGACCUGAAUGAGAGGUUCAACGUGUUAAUGCAGAGGAUGGUCAAGGAACACUACAAAACAUUUGUGAAGGGCCAUAUCCGGGACAUCACAGACAGCCUGAUCGAGCACUGUCAGGACAAGAAGCUGGACGAGAAUGCCAAUAUCCAGCUGUCAGACGAGAAGAUCAUUAGUGUCGUCUUUGACCUCUUUGGAGCUGGGUUUGACACAGUCACAACUGCCGUCUCCUGGAGCCUCCUAUACCUGGUGACAAGGCCCAGCAUGCAGAAAAAGAUCCAGGAGGAGCUGGACUCAGUGGUUGGCAGGGCGCGGCGGCCCCGGCUCUCUGACAGACCCCAGCUGCCCUACAUGGAGGCCUUCAUCCUGGAGACCUUCCGACACUCCUCCUUCCUCCCCUUCACCAUCCCCCACAGUACCACAAGAGACACAAGUCUGAGUGGCUUUUACAUUCCCAAGGGGCGUUGUGUCUUUGUGAACCAAUGGCAGAUCAACCAUGACCAGAAGCUGUGGGGCGACCCAUCUGAGUUCCGACCAGAACGGUUUCUCACCCCCGAUGGCACCAUCGACAAGGCACUGAGUGAGAAGGUGAUUCUCUUUGGUUUGGGCAAGCGGAAUUGCAUUGGUGAGACCAUUGGCCGCUUGGAGGUCUUUCUCUUCCUGGCCAUCCUGCUGCAGCAGGUGGAAUUCAGCGUGCCACCGGGAGUGAAGGUGGACACGACUCCCAUCUACGGGCUGACCAUGAAGCAUGCCCGCUGCGAGCACUUCCAGGUGCAGGUGCGCCCCUAGGGGGCUGAGAACCCUGUAGCCUAGACUCUGUCUACCUGACCUGCCUGGGCAGCCCAGCCAGGGGGCUGGCCUAGGGGGCUCUAAUCUUUGGCCCGAAACCCACAGAUAUUGGUCUGGCUGAUUUUUGCUGUCUGGGCUUCAGGCAAGCCUGAAGGAUCGUGCCUGCCCCCCCACCCUGGACUUGCCCCUCUGCAUACUGACCACAGACAGUGGACACAGCAGGGCCCACACAGGAGCUGAUGGAGCCUUCUGAAGUUGUGCUUGAGCUAGGAGGACUGGUAGGGUUAGGAGAUCCUCAGGCCUCUGGAAACCUCUGGGGAGCUCUCUGGAAACCCCUGAGCCCAGCAGCUGACUGGCUCUCUGUGGGAGCUGACUGGCUUGAGAAACAUUUAGAGUAGACCACACCAGGGCCUGUCCAAUCUCUUUGAUAGUCGGGAGCUAUGAAGAGUGAAGGGAAGAGGCGUCCCAGGAUACCGGCACAGAGGUGGUCUCCCCGCUUGAACAAGGCGGAGCAAUCUGACCACAAGGGUCUGGGAUUAUGGUGCCUGGGGGGAUUGCCUCCCCUGCCCUCUGGCAGGCAGGAACAGGGCAGCCUCCUGGCCUUGCAAGGCCCCUGUUCCCAUCCAGGGUGGGUUGGGGACUUGGGUCAAAGAGGAGCAGAGAGCAGAGGGAGUGCCCAAAUCCAGGCACCAGGACAGGUCCAGAGUGAGGGGGUAGUAAUUCAGUCACCUUCUACUGGUCUCCUUUCUCUCCGCCCUGUAUUAAAUUGUUUUUCUUUUAAUGUUUAUGUGCAAGGAGCUUUUUAUUUUAGCCUGCAUUGUACUUGCAUGUUUGCAUUUAUUCUAUAUAAGAGCUUAAGAACAAUUUAUUGAGUACAAUGGAGAAAAUUCUAACCCAAGUAUCCAGAAAUGUGUGGGAAACAUCUACCUGAGCUAAAUAAAGACAUUAUCCAGAA